ACAGCUUCGCUUACUAGUUUGAUCGACUGUGUUUGUGUUUAAAAAGAGACAAUCUCCCGCGUUUGCAACGGAGCUUGUUACCAGGUCAUCUCACACAGAAAACAUUGCUGGGCUUUGCUUUCUCUUUCUUGUUCAUACACAAGUUUGACUCUUAUCUGGGGACGUUGAUCAUCACGAUGAAUGCUUUUCGAAGGGCAUCCCUUCCCAAGCCCGAGGAGGCAGGCAAAGCAUGGCCUGCCAUCGCCAUUGGCAUGUUUGUUGCCUUUGGUGGUAUCCUCUAUGGUUAUGAUACCGGUACCAUCGCCGGUAUUCUUGCCAUGCCCUACUGGCAGCGUCUCUUCAGCACUGGCUACACAGACGCCAAAGGCAAUCCUAAUAUCACAACAUCGCAAGAAUCAGCCAUUGUUUCCAUUCUCUCUGCCGGCACCUUCUUUGGCGCCCUGUCGUCCCCAUUCAUGACAGACCACAUCGGUCGUCGCCCAGGUUUGAUGAUAGCCACUUGGGUUUUCAACCUCGGUGUGGCUCUCCAGACUGCUGCUACUGCUAUUCCUAUGUUCAUGGCUGGCCGAUUCUUUGCUGGUUUGGGCGUUGGUCAGAUCUCCGCUAUCAUCCCCCUCUACCAGUCCGAGACAGCACCUAAGUGGAUUCGAGGUGCCAUCGUCGGAGCAUACCAAUGGGCCAUUACAAUUGGUCUUUUACUCGCAGCCAUUGUAAACAAUGCUACAGGCAAGCGUAACAACACUGGUUCUUACCGAAUCCCCGUCGCCGUCCAAUUCGCCUACUCCCUCGUCCUCUUCGGCGGCAUGCUCAUCCUCCCCGAGACUCCUCGAUUCCUUGUCAAGAAGAACAAACCCGAGAAGGCUGCCCGUGCUCUUGCUAGAAUCCGCCGGCUUACUCCCGAUCAUCCUGCAAUCCACGCCGAGCUUGCUGAGGUUAAAGCAAACCACGACUACGAAACGAGCCUCGGAACGGCUUCCUAUCUUGAUUGCUUCAAACCACCUAUUCUGAAGCGCCAGUUCACAGGCUGUGCACUUCAGGCUUUGCAGCAGUUGACCGGCAUCAAUUUCAUUUUCUACUAUGGAACCAAGUACUUCCAAAACUCGGGUAUUUCCAGCGGCUUCACCAUUUCCAUGAUCACGUCUGCAAUCAACGUUGCUUCUACUGUUCCCGGAAUGUACGCUAUCGACAAAUGGGGUCGGAGGCCUCUUCUAUUCUGGGGUGCCAUCGGCAUGUGUGUCUCACAAUUCAUCGUGGCCAUGACGGGCACCUUCUCCACCGGCCAGAACAGGGACGGCACCAUCUUUGUCAAGAGUCUUGCCGGACAAAAGGCUGCCGUUGCUUUUGUGUGUAUCUAUAUCUUCUUCUUCGCGUCUACCUGGGGUCCCCUGGCCUGGGUCGUCACUGGCGAGAUCUUCCCCCUCAAGACCCGUGCCAAGUCUCUCAUUGUUUCGCCAUAA